AUUUUUGAGGCGUGCAAGAAAAAAAUCGCAGAAACGGCGUCCCUACUGUGCUUCGCCAACAUACUAGGUAUGAAAGGCGACAUUAUAAGCUGCCAACAUAAGGACAUUUACUUCCUUGAGACCAACACCAAGUCUGAGAGUACGGAUCUGGCGAAUCUCUUCGCAUCUCCAACAGGAAGAGAGAUGAUCGAGUACAAGCAUCGGACAAAGCUGAAGCACAAACAGAAUCCUGCCUUGGAAUUUAUCAUGCAAAACAAAUCUGAGAAGACUGCAUCAUCGAGCGAAAGUAAAAAGGCCCAAGAAGUGAAUGCGAGCAAGUGCAGCGGAUCGGGAGUCAACCAGACGGAAAGGACUAGUCGAAGGAACAGUAUAGAUCUGUACGAAGAGGCGGCCGCUAUCCUAGGCUUGACUUGCUCCCAGACGGACGAUUGCAGAUGCAUAGAAUGUCAGUGUCACUAUUUCGAUUUCGAGGAGGAAAUAGAUUUCCCGACCGGAAGAGAGUGCGUGGUGGAUCACAAUUCCUACUGUUCUAUCCAAUAACGAACAGAAUGGGUAUAACGAAGAAGGCUGAUAAUUUGUUUCAUUGCCCCCAACCCAUCUCCCAUGUUUCCUUCAUUCUUCUCGCACACACAUACAUUCAAUUUCGUAUACUCAUAUUAUAUUAUGUGUUUAUAUGUAUCCCCAUUUCAUCUUUGGUCCCAAAAUUAUGUAAUUGAAUAAUUAACUGAUUAAUGGAUUAAUAAGAGUAACUCUUGCAGUCGUCACAUUGUGGUAUCGAAAGAACGGGAAAGAGGAUUUAGGCAGAGCGUCGGACGAGAAUACCAAGCGUUCAUUGUAAAGACUAUUAUAUAGUAAACUCAAAAUUGUAUUAUAUUUCUCUAUAUUGUACAUAAGACUCCCCCUUCUCUAUAAGACAUGAACGAUUAUAUAUGAACUAUGUAUUAAUUAUAAUAUGUAAUUAAUAAAUCUAUUGUAAA